AUGCUGUUGGUCUUUUUUCUCAUAGCAGAGGGCCCGCUUUGCAGAAUGCCUUGCGAGGGCUACUGGAACGAGACGCGACCCUUCGAGACGCCACAGACCUCCGAUUGCAUCUUCUCGCAGUGGAGCGAGUGGACACCGUGCACAGCGACCUGCGGCGGCGGCACACGCUCCCAGCACCGAAGGGUGGCGCAGCAUGCCUCACCUGGUGGCAGCCCAUGCACAGGACCGCUCCGGACGACCGAGCCAUGUUCCAAGUUUGCCUGUGGUCAGGGAAAGCCACCAGUCCUGGGAUCAUGGAACGAAUGGAGAGGUUGCGACGACCAGUUUCCACUUCAGCGCUUCCGCAAUCGCAUCGUCCUGCAGCCAGCUGAGGGAGACUUCAGGCUAGAUGCCACUGCUUUGGCUGAGACGGAUGCCUGCGAAGAUGUCAAGAAGCCCUCGUGCAUACUGAGCCAGUGGAGUCUCUGGACGCCUUGCAGCGGAAGCUGUGGAGGACAGCAGAGCCGCAGCAGAGAGAUUGACUACUCAGGCUCCGAUGCCGACUGCAAGCUGCAGUGGCUCGGGUACGACCGCAGCGUGUUCAUGAAGGAAACGCAGGCAUGCGGAAAGCAGCACUGCGUGAUGACCUCGCAGUCGGAGCUUUCGCAGUGGUCCGAGUGGAGCUUGUGCUCCAGGAAGUGCGGCCUCGGCACGACGUCGCGCUCCAGGAAGAUCCUUCGCGAGGGCUCGGGUGGCCUCGGCAUGGGCAUGGCGCUUCAAGAGGUCAAGGGCUGCGUCACCAGCCAUUGCGGUGAGGUCGACUGCAGGUGGGCAGAGUGGGACCAGUGGAGCGCCUGCAGCUGCACCUGUGGCGGUGGUACCAAGCGACGAAGCCGGGUCAUCGGACAGGCACCUCGCCACGGAGGCGUGCUCUGCAAGGCCUUGGACAAGUCCGAGGUCGCAGCUUGCAACACCCAAGCUUGUGGUCAGUGCGUGGAUGGCUUGUGGGGCGCUUGGGGCCAAUGGUCAAAGUGCUCGGCUACCUGUGGCGGCGCUUUCCGCGUGAGGCACCGUGACGUCAUGCAGCGACCAAACACCUGCGGGAAGCCUGCCAUAGGCCUUGAGGACGAGUACCACAUGUGCAACGAUGUCAUCUCCUGUACCCCAAGUGAAGAUUGCGAGCUGGCGGAGUGGGCAGAAUGGUCUGCUUGCAGCUGCGACUGUUUUGGCGUUAAGGAAAGACAUCGGCGAAUCCUCAGGUUUGCAAAGGGCGAUGGCAAGUCCUGUGGCAGCGUCGCUUCAGAGGAAGCCGCUCGGUGGAUGCCCCAAGAGGACGAGAUGAUGGGCUACACUGCCCGCCGCCUGGUGAACGUGGACGGAUUCGCAUCUCUCGAGGAGAUCUCUGCAUGCAAUCCCGUCUCAGGCGAGGUGCCCGCUCCGCACUGCGGACCGCUGCCGAAGCGGCCCUGCGACUUCUCCCCGUGGGGUGAGUGGGGCGAGUGCAGCGCGACCUGUGAUGGCGGAAUGCAGGAGCGCGCCAGACACAUCCGUACCCCGAACUCCCACGAUGGCUCUCCUUGCGACGGCCCGCUGGCGCAGAUUCAAGGCUGCGGCUUCGUCGACUGCGUCCAGCGUGUCUGCAAAGAUUGUGAGUGGGGCCCCUGGUCGGACUGGGGUGACUGCUCCAAGUGUGGCGGCCAGCGGUAUCGACAACGUGCGGUACUAAAGAUGCCGAACGAGUGCGGGAAGCUUUGCGACCCGCGCGUCGCCAAGGAGGUUGGCAAAUGUACCAGCCACUGCGAGGAGGAUGGCUUCUGUAGUUGGGGGUCCUGGUCUUCCUUAGCGGCGUGCAGCGCGACCUGUGGCACGGCCACAAUGAUGCGACAGCGCUCACUUGUCUUCCUGAACGAGGAGCCGCCUGCCAAGAGCGAGCUCGUGGGCGUCGGAAAGUGCUGGAAUGACCACAAGCUCCGCUACAAGGCCUACCGCAUCAAGACCAUGUCCACGGAGGCCCAGUGCACAGACAUCCUGUCGCGAUCGAAAGAGCGUCACAACAUCCGCGGCGUACAGUACGGCGAAGCGAUGCACAUUUGUGACAUCCUCGUCGAUGAGCAUGCGGAACUCGACAUGCAGGCCUUUGCAAUGCCCAUGGAGCUGCUGAAGAACCCGUAUCACGACCAGCACGCCAUAGGUCCCGUCGAGGACUCCAACAGAGCCAUGGGCUGGAGGUGUUGGAGCAGGAACUCCGGCACCUUCUUCAUGGCCCAAAAGACGCUUCCAUGCUCCGGCCAGCAGGUGGACGUCCUUGAAUGCCCCUUCAAGAGCUGCGAGACCUGCGAACCGGAAGACUGCGUCUUUGGGAAGUGGUCCGAGUGGGGUGCCGCCAGCUGCACGCAGCUCUGCGAGCGGCAUCGUGUGAUCUCGACGAUGAACAAAUGUGGGGGCCUGGCCUGCGAUGGGCCCCUGGUCAUGACGAAGCAUUGCCCCAAGGAGUGUGAGAGACCGGAGUGUUGCUCCUUCGCCGCCUGGACGGAGUGGGAUGAGGCGAGCUGCACAGGCGAUGGCGGACAAAAACGGAGGGAGCGAGUCAUCGCACAAGUCGCUAUCAACGGAGGUCAGCCCUGCACGGGGCCUACAGAGGAGACAACAGCAUGCUACGGGCCAUCGAAGGACGUGGACUGCGAGAUGGGGAUGUGGGAGGAAUGGUCAGGUUGCAGCGCGACCUGCGGGCGAGGACUUCACAGACGUGAGCGCCGCAUCCUCCAGCACAAAAGAGGUGUCGGUGUUCCAUGCCAUGGAGCACUGGCCGAGCUGGAAGAUUGCGAGGCAGUCACGCCCUGUGGCAGCUAUGGCGACCGCAACUGUGAGCUCGAGCAGUGGAGCUCUUGGGGUCCGGCGAACGAGCAAGGUCUUUGCUUUCGAAAGCGGCGCAUUGCCAGGCAGGCAUCAGGCUCAGGCCUUGCCUGCACUGGCGAGCUCGAGGAUGUCAA